UCCUCUCUUGCUUCUCAAACUCUCUCACUUUCAACACAGCCUCUUUCUCUUUUUCAAUAUACACUCUGUUUAGUGUUUGAUAAAGGUGGUUCUCACAUAUAUCUUUCUGCUUGAUCUUCUUCUUCUUCUUCUUCUUCUUCUGUUUCUCUCCAACAAAAGCAGAACAAACAAACAUGGUGGUAGCCUCUCCAAACCCGAUUCGAAACGAGAAGAUCCAGGUCCUCGAUCUCCCCGUCAUCGACCUCUCCGCCCCUCGCUCAGUGGUCUCGAAGCUCAUUGUGAAGGCCUGUGAAGACUAUGGUUUCUUCAAGGUGAUAAACCACGGCAUCCCCGAAGAAGUCAUAUCGAGAAUGGAGGGAGAGAGCCUCACCUUCUUCUCAAAAACGGUGUCGGAGAAGCAACGUGCCGGGCCGGCCAACCCAUUCGGCUACGGAUGCAAGAACAUAGGCCACAAUGGCGACAUGGGUGAGGUUGAGUACCUUUUGUUCAACACAGAUAAAGCCUCCAUUGCUCAAAGGUCCAAAACCAUCUCAAAUGAACCAACCAAAUUCAGCGCUGCAGUGAGUGAUUACAUUGAGGCAGUUAGUGAUUUGGCAUGUGAGCUUUUGGAGGGGAUCGCCGAGGGACUGUGGGUCCCGGACACGUCGGUGUUCAGCAGGCUCAUCAGGGACGUCGAGAGCGACUCUGUUUUCAGGCUCAAUUACUACCCGGCCACGUCAUCGUCGCCAACCUCCAAGGUCGGCUUCGGGGAGCACACUGACCCUCAAAUUCUGACUCUGCUCCGAUCCAACGACGUCGGAGGCCUCCAAAUCUCACCGCAGGAUGGUGUAUGGGUCCCGGUGCCGUCCGACCCCGCUGCCUUCUGGGUUAAUGUGGGUGACGUGCUGCAGGCAAUGACAAAUGAAAGAUUUGUGAGCGUAAAACACAGAGCCUUAACCAACUCCUUCAAGUCAAGAAUGUCAAUGGCGUAUUUCGCAGGCCCUCCUCUAAAUGCAAGCAUGAGAGCUCUCCCAGAAAUGGUCACACCUGAACACCCUCUCAUUUACAAAGCAUUCACUUGGGCCGAGUACAAGAAAACGACUUACUCUCUGCGCCUCAGUGACUCUCGCCUUAAUCUCUUCAGAAUCUCUUGAAGUCAUGAAGAAAGAAUCUAUUCUAUGAACUAAGCAUGCAGUAGUAAAUCAAGCUAGUCUAGUAGUUCUAAAGGUCAAGUUCUUUUUCCUUUUUCUCUUUCUGCUUUGCAGGUCUUAGCGACUUAGCUUUUCCCCAAGUUUUGUUGCGCAUAUGAAGUCAUAGACUUUGCUAGUUUGUACUUUGUACUAAGGGAUGGGAAAAUGCUAGAUGUACUUAUUAGUAUCAUCAAUACAAAAUAGAAAAGAAAAGAAAAUAGAAAAGAAAAUAAAAAAAUUA